AAGUACAGGAGUGUAUAGUUAUUUGAUGGAGAAGGACAGGGAUUGAAAAGAUUGAUCUUCAAAAAUUCUUGUACAAAGAUGAAUAUGAGAAUUGUCAAAUAUCGCUUUAAGUGUGCUUUGGCCACUGUGACUGCUCUGACUGGGCUUGGAUUUCUAUUUGCUGGAAAGUUUCAAUCCUGUGAGGAGGAUAUGCCGGGAAUUUGGGAAAACUCAGAAGAUGGAAGUAACAGAAGGUGUUCGGAUUUGUUUUAUAGGAUCCUAAAUCUGUCUGCUGAACAGCCAAUCUGUCUCCGGAUUAUUAAAGGAGAUCAGAUAGCCGUUCAAGAAGCUCUUUUAAACACUCUUGACGUGUCAGGUAAACAAAACCCUUUGACAGAAAAUCAUUACUUGAAUAUGACGAAAGACUGUGCUGCAUACAUAAAAGAUCGUAAAUAUCUAACCUUCUCACUCAGCAGGGAGGAGAGGAAUUUUCCCAUCUCCUAUUCCAUUGUGAUUCAUGACAACAUAGAAAUGUUUGAAAGGCUCCUGAGAACCAUUUACGUCCCUCAGAAUGUUUAUUGUAUCCACGUGGAUAGGAAAGCUGCGGACAGUUUUCAUCUUGCUGUCAGGACCAUUGUUGCUUGUUUCCACAAUGUUUUCGUUGCCAGCAAGUUGGAGAAUGUGAUCUACGCGUCGUGGUCCCGGGUACAGGCUGAUCUGAAUUGUAUGGAGGACCUGCUGCAGAGCCCGGUCCAGUGGAAAUAUUUCAUUAACCUGUGCGGGUUGGACUUCCCCAUUAAAACAAAUGCUGAGAUUGUCAGAAAUCUGAUUGUCCUGAAUGGCAAAAAUAGCAUGGAGUCCGAGGUGCCCUCACCAUCCAAAAAGGUGCGGUGGCUUUUUCAUCAUGAAGUUAAAAACCAAGUAAGCAGAACUGAGGAAAAGAAGAGCUUACCUCCAAUAAGUACACCUAUGUUCACUGGGAAUGCAUACUUUGUGGCUGCAAGGGAAUUUGUGAACCAUUUGUUUGCGAGUCCUGAAGUUCAGAAAUUUCUAAAGUGGGCAGAAGAUACCUAUAGUCCUGAUGAGUUUGUUUGGGCUACUCUGCAGAGAAUGCCAACUGUACCAGGCUCCAACCCCUCCAAUAGCAAGUACCAGAUGUCAGAUAUGGCAGCCAUUGCUCGCUUGGUGAAGUGGUCCUACUUGGAAGGAGACAUAACCAAAGGUGCACCUUAUCCCAAGUGUACAGGAGCUCAUCGUCGUUCAGUGUGCAUCUAUGGUUCUGGUGACCUUCACUGGAUCCUGCAACAACAUCAUCUCUUCGCAAACAAAUUUCAUUCUGAAGUAGAUAACACAGCCCUUCAGUGCUUGGAGGAACAUCUGAGAUAUAAAGCAAUUUAUAGAAAAGGUUUGAUGUAAGGCUAUACUUUAUUCCAUCCCAACUUUUCCAUGUUUAUUUGUUGUUCACAUAGUUGUGUAAUCCCAUUUAGCCUCCUUCAUCUGUCAGGAGAGUAGUCCAAGCCUUCUUGAUUAAUGAUACCAUUACCUAACAGAUGACAACUUCUGAAAUUUUUCAACCAUACAAAAACACAAUGCACUGCACCAAUCCCUCCAAUAUUGCAGUAUUCCAUUGUUUCUUUAAAGUCUCCAAUAUUUUCUUUCAUUAUUUUAUUCAGAGCUCAUUCCAAGUGCUGAUCACUCUCUUCAUGAAGGAGAAUCUCAAUAUCAAUCCCAAAAUUACCUUUUAAUAGUUGAACCCGUGUCCUAACUCAAUUUAAAAUAAUGUCCCAGGUUUAACUUUUCCAUGUUGGGUAUUAUGUCAGGUUUUGACAAUGUAAACUAUUUUCAAGUUAUUUACAGAAACUGGGUUUUGAA